UCGUUCGCCUUCUGGCAGCACCGCAUACCACUACCAUUUUGCUGCCUACCCUUACCGUUCAUCUCUGUGUAUAUUGGCAUUCCAUCACAUUUGUUGUUCUUUGCACCUUUUGAGACUUUCUUAAAAGUUUUUUGAUAACAUAAUGGUUUCUUCAAAUUUACCGAGAAAGACCAAAAUUUUUGUUGGUCGUUUACCUGAAAAUUGUCGAAACGACGAAUUGCGUCAAUUAUUUCUCCGUUUUGGUGAAGUUACUGAAUGUGAUGUGAUGAAUCGUUACGGAUUUGUUCAUAUGGCUCGAGAAGAAGAUGCAGCUGCUGCAAUCAAGGCUUUACACAAUACAAAUUUUAAAGGUGCUACAAUCAAUGUUGAACAAUCGACAGGAAAAUCACGAGGGACUGGUCCUAUCGGGCGUAGAGAUGAUCGAAGAGGUGGACCAAUGAGAGGUGGAAGAAGUGGUCGAGACGGAGGUCGCGACAGUCGACCAGGUCCUUAUAAUCAUCGCGGAGCUCUUCCAUUACCGCGUGCUGGUUACAACGGAUCUGCUACAGGUGGCGUUGGUGGAGGGUAUGCAGAUUAUGGCAACCGUAGUAGCAGUGACUUUGGUGGACGCAGUAGCGAUUAUUCAAGUGGUGGAUAUGCUGAUCGUGUCAACUACGGCCAAAAUGUCGGUGGCGGAGGUAUGGGAGGGUAUGCAUCGACGCCUGGAAUUGUUGGUGGAUAUGGCCCGAAUUCUGGCGCAGCCGGUUAUGGACCUGGAGGAGCUGGAGAUUAUGGAAGAACAAAUGAUUAUGGUCGCACUGGUGACUUUGGAACUCGAUCAGAUUACGGCAACUUUCAAACUGGAGGUGCAAUGAGCGGUGAUUUUAAUCGUGGUAUGCCAGGUAUUGGAGAUUAUGGACGAGCAGAUAAUUUUGGUCGCGCUACUGACCCUUACACUCCCAGAAAUGAUUACGACCGUAAUACAGGUCCAAUGAGAAACGGUGGUGCAAUCGCUACUGGUGGUUAUGGAUCUGGGUAUGCAGAUGCCGGACCAUUAAGUGGAGGACAGAGUUAUGCUUCUGGAAACCCUAGUUACAAUACCGGACCUGGACCGCAGACUGAUAUGUUCAGUAGAAGACCAGUCAAUGCGGUGGCUAGUGGUGUAUAUCCACCGAUCAGUGGCGGAUAUACGGAAGCAUAUGAUCGACCAGAUUCAUACGGUCCUCCUCGCAAUACGGGCAAUCGAUGGCAGCCAGGAUAAAGUCAAGAAUCUGGAAAUGAAAAACCUCAUCAAUAUGAAGACAUGAUAGGUCUUCAGUUAUUCAUUGUAUGAUGAAAACUUUACUCGCUGCUUCAAGCUAUGAAUAAAUAAGGACAACAAACUGGAUUGGACUUUUAACGAACAUGUAGUAAGAUGCAAAAAAUUUGUUUUCUAGUAAUGGAACAUAAUAACAGUGAAAAUAAAUGACAAUUAAAGUUCACCUGUUGAAAGAGCAAAGAGAGAAAUAAAUAUAGGGGACUUCUUUUAACAAUAUAGAUUAAAACUUCUAAAUUUAUGUUAUAAACUUGAACUGUUAUCGAAAUUGUAUAAUUUUUACUAUCUUAAGAAUUUCAUUUUUAUUUAAGUUGAGUAAUUUUUAUUACUUAAGCAUACAAAUAAAUUUAAAUAGCAUUCGUUACUUAGACUAUAUUUUUUGUAAGUUUUACUAUCCAUUGA